AAGGCGACAGGAGUAGAGAGCUAGGUCACCUGCCCGCCACUGGGAAACGCUGGGUAGUCAAGACGCCAUGGAGUUUGGACCUGUUUAGCUGCUGGGUGGUGGCGCGGGGUUCUGGGCGUGCCUGAGGCGGAGCCAGGUGACUUCGCUGAGCUGACAUUCUUGCCUUUCUUUCAGCCCCGGAUUCCUUUGCCUCUGAGACAGUGACGCACUUAAAAGUGACUCAGUUUCAGAGAAAGGAAAUUGGAGAGGACAGAGGCUGAAGACUGUGUGGACCGGCAGGGAAAGGCACGGUGAUGCCCUCAACCCGGUCCCUGCGGGGACUUCAUCACGUAGCCUGUCCCGCCUGCACCCGGCCCCUGCAGGAUGCGGUGACCAUAGCCUGCGGACACGCUGUCUGUCUAUCCUGCCUCCCGCGCACACCGAUGGGGGCCAAGCUGCUGUGCCCGCUCUGUCAGGAGGAAGAAGAGCAAACCCAGGCCGCAGUGGCCCCGGUGCCCCUGGGUCCCCUGGGCGAGACCUGCUGCGAGGAGCACGGAGAGAAGAUCUAUUUCUUCUGCGAGACCGACGCGGAGCUGCUCUGCGUGUUCUGCAGGGAGGGCCCCGCCCACCAGGCGCACACCGUGGGGUUCCUGGAUGAAGCCAUCCAGCCCUACAGGGAUCGUCUCAAGAGUCGGUUAGAAGCUCUGAGGAUGGAGCGGGACAAGAUGGAAGACAAGAAAUGCCAAGAAGACCACAAGCUCCGAGAGCUCCUGAUGCAGGUUGAAAGCAAGAAGCAACAGGUAGAAGCUGCAUUUGAAAGGCUGACACAGGAGCUUGGGGACCAGAGGCACCUCCUGAUGACCAGGCUGGAGGGGCUAGAACAGCAGAUCUGGGAGGAGAGGGAGGAGUACAUUACAAAGGUCUCUCAGGAGGUCCACCGGCUGGGCGCCCAGGUUGAGGAGCUGGAAGAGAAAUGUCAGCGACCAGCAAGUGAGCUUCUGCAAGAUGCCAGACUCAACCAGAGCAGGUAUGAGAUGAAGACUUUUGUGAGUCCGGAGGCCAUUUCCUCUGAUCUUGCUAGGAAGAUUCGAAACCUCCACAGGAAAAUACUUGGUCUCCCAAAGAUGAUGAGGACAUUCUCAGAAAACUUGAUACAUCAUCUGGAAACAGAUUCAGGUAAUCAUCGAGGGCUCUGGGCUUCCCCCACCCCCACCCCAGCAUUUAUCCAUUCCACCCAUGGCCACAAACAGCAAUGAGUUGUGCUCACCUGACCCUGAUUGCUUGGGGUCUUGAGUCUAUUAAGCUCUUUCUCCCCACCACAAAGUGUAAACAGUUAACAGAAGCUACGCUACAUGUCCAUGUGAAGAUUAAAUUAAUGGUAUACAGAGAGCUCAGCACAGUACUGGACACACAGUGAUCGAUGAAUGUUGUCAGUUACUGUCUAUUCAUUCAAAAUACGUAGUCAGCCCAAGCUUGGCCUAGAAUUAUGCUAGAAUCUCCACAGAUUUGAACAAAUAUUGUAUAUUAUCAAAAACCAAAAAACCCUCAGCAUUUUUCUGGGUGUGGCGGCACACGGCUACAAUCCCAGAACUAGAAGCAGUCAGACCGACUGCCACAAGUUCAAGGUCAGCCUGGACUCGUGAGCUAGUUCUAGGUCAGCCUCAGCUAGUGACACCCUUUGGGGGAGGGGGAUGGAUAAGGCUGGGCUCUAGGGCUGUAUCAACAGCUUUUUCCUAGAGCAUGCUUGCUUAGAAUGCAUAAAGUCCCAGUACUACAAAAAAAGGGACUGGGAGAGGAGGGGCAAGAGCAUUUACGUUCAAACUGGAGCUUACCUGUUCCCACCAACACUUGCCUGAUCUCACAUUGAUCCUUAUUUCUUUAACUUACUGUAGAAAUGCCAUCCAGACAUCUGAUUAAAAUGCAGGCUCUUGUUUAGGUGGGGCCCCAAGAUUCUGUCUUUUAACAAGCUCCUAGGCCCUGCUCUGUGGCCUGGGCACCUCACUUUAAGAAGCAAAUUCUCAGGCAGAGCUGUCACAUCUGUCCUCCAGAAACAGAUGCUUAAGAAGCAGGCAGCAUGGUCGAUGCUCCAUCCUGGAAGUGUGUGUGUGAGGCUACUCGGGACCCUCGGACCACAAACCUGAGCCUGGUCCACUCCGAAGACUUAAUGUCUACCUGAGUGUCAGCUGCACCAUGGGAGUGGCCCCCGAGGAGGCCAGGGUGAGGAGAGAGCAGGCCCUGGACACCAAGGACAGCGUUCAUGCUUCAGCUAGACAGCACCCACCCGUCUUGAACCAGGGGACACAGCUGUUCUUCAAUGCAGACGUGGCCCUGGACUACCAGGCAGGGUAAGAGACCCUGCAAAUGUGUCAUACCGGGACACCGAUUGCCAUUUCUUUCUCUACUCCUACCUCAUCUGCAAACAAGUUCUUGCCUGACUUUGAAUGACUGAGGGGGAGCCAAGGAAGUGUGGCAGAGACACCGGCACCCUGGAACCCAGCCCUGUCCUUAGUAUUUAAAAGACAGAUUGGAAUUUAGUGUCUUGGAAUCUUUUGCAAUUUUUUAAAAAGAUAUUUAAGUGUCAAGUAAAUUCAGCUCCUUGCAGUCCUGUGCUUGGACAUGAUAUUCCCUCUGAUCCAGAGGCAGGCAAGGAAGGCUACAACCUAGACACCAUUAAGGUAUGAGCCAAUGGGAUUUAGAAGGGAAAACCAACAAGCAAAAACCUGUAAAAGCCUCAAAGUGAUCAGGGUAAGGAAGCCAGGACUCUGGCUUGUGUUAAUUUAUAGUGGCUUUUGGAUACAAAACAGGACAUGCUUUGGAGCCUCAUCAACUCUGGGUGGAUCCCCAAAGCCCUCUCAGGUCAUUUACCCAGGUUUUGAAUGUCCUAAUAAAGUAUGUGACCUACA